GAAAUGUGGGUAACCCCGUCAGGGUGGGUAAGCCCGUCACCCCAACGGUUUUACUAGAAAACAAUGUUUUAGUAUGUUUUUGACUAUACCAAUUAUAAGUACUUAUCAUUUUUACCAUUUCGAGACACAUCAUACCCACUAUGAACUGUCAAACGCGAAGAAAAUAAACAAAACAAACGCAAGCGUCGUCGCAGUAAAACCGGAUGUAAUUUUUCGAUGGUAGAUUUUAACGUUUUGAGAAAUAAUUAAGUUCAAAAAUUCAAUUCCAUCUAUCGCGUUCUUUCAUUUACACUGUGUUUUAGUGCUGUGAUUCAUUGAAAGAUGCCACGCAGCUACAGACGGAAGACCAACCGCGGAAAUUGGACCGAUCAGCAGCUGAUCCAAGCAAAGGAUGCAGUGGAUCGCGGGAUUUCCGUUAAUCGUGCUGCUAAGACGUUUGGAAUUCCGAGAACUACAUUGGCAGACCAUGUCACGGGAAAGGUGGUUAAGUCGAAAUUGGGGUCACGAGAAACGGUUUUCACUCCGCAACAGGAAGCAGAACUUUUGCAGCACCUGCUUGACUUGGAAAGUCGUUUUUACGGCAUUACAAAGAACGAUGUCCGUGAGCUGGCUUUCGAGCUGGCUGAAAAAAAUAAGAUUCCCCAUCCGUUCAACAAAAAGAAGAAAAUGGCUGGGUGCGAAUGGAUGGCCGGAUUUUUGAAGCGCAAUCCGAAACUUUCAUUCCGCAAGCCGGAGCCCACGUCGGCUGCUAGAGCCAGGGGAUUUAACAAAGUUUCAGUUAAUGCCUUCUUCGACAUGUAUGAAGCUGCCCUUCGAAAAAAGAACUUUCGUCCGGAACGCAUCUAUAAUGUCGACGAAACAGCGAUUUCCACGGUAUGUAGAGUUUUUUGCUUGAUCGAAGCAUACAUCAAUGCUUUAUGUUCAUGUUUUCAGGUGCCUCCUAAUAAGAAGAAGAUAGCUGCACUCAAGGGUAAGAAGCAGGUUGGAAUUAUUUCGUCAGCGGAACGAGGAGAGACCACUACCGUCGUCAUGAGUAUGUCAGCGAGUGGCCAUUAUCUUCCGCCAUUCGUAAUCUUCCCGCGUACUCGAAUGCAUGAUAGUCUCAAACACGGAGCACCAUCGGGAACAAAAUUCGCAUGUAAUCCUUCAGGAUACAUGACCGCUGAGAUGUUCGAUACAUUUUUUGAUCACUUUCUUGAACAUGCUCAUGCUCUAGAAUCUGAUCCAAUACUGCUUUUGGUGGAUGGCCAUUCAUCACACACCAAAAACCUAGCAGUAACCGAGAAGGCUCGAAAGCAUAACGUGACCAUACUUUCGCUUCCACCGCAUUGCAGCAACAAACUCCAACCGUUAGAUGUCGCGUUUAUGGCGCCGUUUAAAGCAUAUUAUUCCACUGCCGCCGAAGCAUACCUAAGAUCCAACCCAGGGCACGUUAUCGGUCAAUACAAUAUCAUGCAGCUAAUGAGAUCUGCUUUUGAAAAAGCUGCCACGAUGUCAACUGCAGUUAACGGUUUCAAAAAAUGUGGAUUAUGGCCGUGUGACCGAACCGUUUUUGACGAAAGCUCAUUUGCACCAUCGUUGGUCACGGACCAAGAAUUGGAAAAUACUGGAAUGGACUCGGCUCCUCAGGAAAAGGAUGCAGAUACACCGAUGCCAGCUGGAGCGGUCACCGGUAGCAUGAAUGAAAGUGUGAAAUCUGGUGAGUCGUCUUUCACGGUUACACCGGAGGAAGUGUUGCCUCUACCAAAAAUGACAACAGCGCGUGCCACAAAAAGAAAACGACGAGCAGAGAAGGCUCAGGAUAUUACGUCUGAUGAUUAUCGUCAGAGCUUGAUCGAUGCUAAGGCUACAAAGGACAUCUCAUCCAUCAAAAAAGGUAAGAGGGCAUCUUCAAAAGGACCACAAAAGCGACAAAAGCGGCAGAAGCUUACCAACGAUUUGGAUGAUUCAUUGUGUGACCGAUGCGGAAACUGCUUCUCAGAUUCUUCAAACGGAGAAGGUUGGAUAAUUUGUGUCUCAUGCAAAAACUGGAUCCAUACGCAGUGCUAUGAUAAUUCUGAUUUGAUUUGCAUUUUCUGUACUGAAUAAUUUUUUUUCAUUGUCAGUGGGAUCUGAGCUUAGAGUCAGCAAACCCAUCACGUAAAUUCGUAAAACGAAUUGAACUUUUUUUUUUAAAUAAUUGAACUUACAGUCGCUUAUUAAAAGAAUAAAAAUCUCCAAAGGAAAACAUAAACAAUGCUUGUAUUUUUCUCACAAAAAUAUCAAAUCAAACCCACAUCAAAAGUUUAAUUUCCCUGAUUUCUGGCCAUAUUGGACUUGUAGCACAUGUUUUGUACCUGAGGGUCUGCCCAUUUACUGCGUGGACAUGAUAAGCGGUGCUCAAGAAUCAGAAAAAUAGUACAGAAAAAAAUCAAACAACAUUAUGGCAUAGAGGUAUGUAUGAUUCUGGGACACUCUAAAAUAUGUCCCUGUGGUAUAUGGAUGAACCCAUAUGAAAUGGCCAAUUUAGAUGAUUGAUAAAUCAUCACAAGAGAUCAAAAAUAUCUACACGUUCAACAUUAAUUUUCGUUUGCAGAAAUUCUCAAAACUAUUUUAAUAAAAAUGUAUGCCGGUCUUACCCCA